AAGCUUAUUUGUAUGUGGAAAGGGAAAAUGAUUGCUACAAAAUCCCCAAUAUUGAGGCAUUCAUUAAAUCAAUCAUCAUAAUUCACAAACCACAAUCCAAUCCAUUCCUCAAUGGGCUGCAUUUCAGGACCCACACUCUUGGGCCUCCUUUCUUUUGUGGGCCUUCUCAUUCUCUCUCCUUCACUUUUUUCAAUUCCGAUAAUAUCAUACAAAAAUCCCUCUUCCUUUCCAAUUUGGAUCAAAAAUAAAUUCAGCAGCCCUAGCACGCAGAGAUAGCUCUAAUUCUGCAAAUCUCAAGCAAUCAGGUCGAUUGUUAAUCGAGUUUCCACGGGCGAUGGCCGGAAGAGAAGUUCGUGAGUACACAAAUCUUACUGAUCCUAAAGAUAAGAAGUUGGGGAAGGGGAAGGACAGAAUAGAUGACGAAGAAAUUACAUUCCAGCGCAUGGUUGCCAAGAUGCAAGAGGUUGCUGGAGAACGUGGAGGCUACCUUCAUGGUCGAGGCGCUUUGGACAGCGACGAUUUGCUUUAUCUGAAGGAGCAGAUGGAAGCUGAGGAAGAUGCAGAACGUCUUCUACGCCGUACAGAGAAACGAGCAUUUGCCGCAUUUAAAAAGGCUGUGGCCGAAACUUCCCCAGCUUCAGUUCCCUUGCCACUUAGAGUGGAACCCAAGCCAAAAAGUGGAAUCAGGCAGCAAGACCUACUUAAGAGAGUGGUGUCAGUUAAGGCAAAGCAGCAGGGUGUUUCUACCCCGUGUGAUUUAGAUCCAUCCAGGGAAACUUUGAAUCAACAACCAUCUAAAAAAUAUCGACCCUCGAACGAUCAGAAUCUGGAGAAAGAUGAGUCUUCUACUAGUUUCAACAAAGUGGGAGUGGAAACAAAAUCGGAUAACCCAGUUAAAAGUCUAUUGGCAGCAUAUGAAAAUUCUGAUGAUGAUGACUGAUUCAUGAAAUAAUGUCAUUUUCCUUUUACAGUAAUGCUAUGUAUCUCUUGUGCAUUUGAUACUCUGUACGAACUCAGUUAUUGAUGACACUAGUUAGAAGCUACAUGUUCCCUUGCA